CUUUUCGGACAGAUGUUUGCAGAACGGUCAAAGUGCAAACUAGAAAUCAUUUUCUAGUUUGUUUCUAGGGACGUCUGGCAGCUGUUGGGACUUGAACCCGCCUGACGCGUCGCUGUGUGAAAACCAACAUGGCUGCUUGACAGAUGAAAGCUUUUAUGGCGAAAUGGCUCUGGCCUCUGAAAUACAGUAGCGUUCAGCCGUGGUGGUAACGGGAUCGCUCAGCGGAGGGUCUGGUUCACAUUUAUGUGUCCAUCCAGAGGAUUUGACCUUUUCCAUCCCCUAAACCUCAGCAGCGCUGGUCCCGCCUCCGGGCCGAACCUCCCAGUAUAUCUUCAUCGUGUGAAGUUCCAACACGGGGAAAGGUAGUCCAGCUUACCAGGAACGAAGCAGCGGGAAAAAGAAGAUCUGGACGAAGGGAAAACUUUGAUGGACGGAGAAUCAGCCGGAGAAACAAGAAGAGAGGAAAAUAUCUGAAACGAAGCGAAGACUCGAAUCAGAGCCGAAGAGGAAACAGGAGAGAAAACAGGGAAGGAAUCAGAAGAGCAGAGAGCGCCGCGUCCCGUCAGGCGCAGGAUCCUCAGAGAACGAUGCAGGCCUUCCUGCCGCUGGGCUGCUGCGUCCUGGCGCUAACGCAGUGCUGCCUUGGCUCCGCCCACAUGAUCCCUGAUGACAGGCUGUCCACCAAUAGGGUCGUUGCGUCCAACGCUCUGUCUCACAGCCUGCAGAUCGACCCGCCUCCUGUUGUUAUUGUGGAGCUGAACAAAUCCACCAAGAAGAAAGAAAAAGGAAAGAAGCAGAAAAAGAAUAAGUUUGCUCGGAAGCGCCCGCCUCCUCCGCCGAACUGCAUCCCGCUGUGGGGAAGCUGCAAAGCUCCCGGCAACGUUUGCUGCGACUUCUGCGCGUUCUGCCAGUGCCGGCUCUUUAAGACUGUGUGUUUGUGCCGGAUGGGGAACCCGCGCUGCUGAGCCGCCGCUUCAGGAAACCUCCUGCAGCGACUCGGUUUGUAACUUUGCCUGAAACUCGCAGCAUGAAAGCACUUUAUCACGAAGACUGCGCCGACGGAGCAGCGCUGAGCGAACACAGGGAGGCUUUUCGCACUGAUUUAUGUUUUAACUGUACUUUAGCUGAGUUUUAGCUGAGCUUUAGCAUGCUGACAUGAAAGGAUUCACCCCAGGCAGUUUCCUGUCAAACUCCACAUGAUGCUACAAGUAUCAACGUGUUUAUGGCACAUGCAACAAUAAAAAACCUUUGUGGCCAAUCGAGUCUGUUUCUCUUUAUGUUUUAUGAAUUAUUCCAGCGUGUAAAUUAGGAAACAGGAAGUUUGAUCUAAUUCUGUGGGUUGUUAUCGUGACCUGCCAAAAUAGUUCAGAUAUUUCUAAGUAGUGAACGAUGGAACUGUGCAGUAAACUACCAGAACAUCCUGAAGGCCGUUUGGAGUGGCCUACUCAAAGUCCAGACCUGAAACUGAUUGACGUUUUGGUGGAAAACUGUCCAGUGUGUCUCGGUCACCCGAAAUCUGCAGCGCGGCAGCAGAAGCCACAUUUCGCUGCGGCUGUCGCAGGUUCAGGCCUGAUGACCUUUGACCCAUGUCUUCGUCUCUCAUUACCUCACUUCCUGUCUGACCGCUCUGGUAUG